UCCGUUAGGCUGCCGAUUAGCAACAAACAGAAGGUUACGAGUUUAAGAAAUUGGACUAUUUGACCGCCAGACCUGCUUUGCGGCAACGAGAGGUGUGUGAACUAUGUCGGGUGUCUAACCGGAGCUUGUUGGGUCGCUUUUGAGGGGACCCGGCGGUGAUUUGUAACAUUUCGGGCUGAUAGCGGAGCCAACCUCGCUUUUAGGUCGUUGAAGUGGCGAUGCUGAGCUGAUAGCUGCGUCAUCAUGUUGCUUCCGACUCGAGUUGGAGAAAAGAAAUCUCAAGUUAACGCCAGCGGCGAGGCUGCCCGCCGUCAUCCAGCCCCGGAGGCCACUCCCGACCCCUGAAAUAGAUGGAAGACGGACUGCUGGUGAGCGGUUAACGGCGAAGCCUGUCCCCGCGGUCGCCGUAAAAGUGGUGACUUUACAUCACUUGGCUCGGCGCUGUUGGCGCGGUACUCUCUGGGCUGCAUUUAUUAUCUACACUUGGAUGGACGGUCAAACAUUGGUGUUGGUGUUGCGCAGCGUUGCAAACCGCAAAAUCGUACAGAAAUAUGACCAAAUGUUUUCCGAACAGGAAGUGCAACUAUACUGAUAUUUUACGGAUUUUAGCCAUAACUGUUUGGAUAGUGGGAAGUGAUGCCCUCACUGACAGCUAGGGUACAGAGCAGGACCCUUCAGUGAAAUGCUUCUGACUCCUGCCUGAUGGUGACUUUCUUUAUUAGCCCCAGUUGAGAAACACGCUUUUAUACAGCAUAAUGAGAGACGUUACGGCUCAUUUGAGCUCAGUGGCUUUGUAGCCGUCCACUGGGAUAUGUCAAUCUAUUAGCGGGGUGUCAGUGUGUUUGUUGGGACUUAUUGUUUGCUCGGUGGUCUGUUGUCUGCUGUCACCGCAUCCACGUGGACUUGGUCGGUGGGUUGAGUUCGGCUCGCAGCUCCGGGCCGAGCAGGAGAGGGCUGAGUGUUUGCUAACAGUCAGAGAGGAGGAAACUGUGCUCCUUCUCAGCCCGGACAAAGUUACAUGUCACAUCACAAUAUAGAACCGGUUAAAAUGGCUGGCGACUGCACCCACUCCAGCGCUUGUUACGCGAACGCAGAGACGUUUUGUCCGUCUAAACCCUGGACGGAUGGAGACGGAGAAAUGGAGUCAGCUGGCAUCUCCAAAGGGCGUGGAAACCCCGCGCAGUGUGCGCCCAACUUUGAGGUGAUAGACGGGCAGCUGUACCGCAAGAAGCUGGAGAGGGGCUUCAUCAACUAUCGGGAGGUUUUGGAUGAGGACCGGAGACAUGAGGCCCUCUCCACCUUUCAUCGGCGGCGGCCUGGUCAGCGCCACCUGUCCCAGGAGGAGACCUACAAAUGCGUGGCUGAAAACUACUGGUGGGAAGGGAUGUAUUUCCAGAUCAGAGAUUUUGUCCUGGGAUGUCCAGAGUGCCAGAGCCAGCGCAUCAAGAAAACAAAGGAGCUGGGUACCAGAAGAUGCGUCACAAAGACGAUGGCGUCACACAGCGCUGACAUGCUGAGCAAGCUGCGGAGUCAGCGGGAGGCGGGGCUGUUCUGUGACAUUACCCUGCGCACAAACGGGCGACCCUACUUGGCCCACAGAGCUGUUCUGGCAGCCGUCAGCGAUCACUUCCAGGAAAUCUUCACAGAAAUGGACUCCAACAUGAAAGCAGACAUUGAUCUCACUGGUUUUAGUGAGGACAGCCUUCUGUCUCUGCUGGAUUUCUCCUACUCCUCCACUCUGUGUGUUCGUCAGGAGGACCUACCUGAAGUCAGCGCCAUGGCCCGCCACCUGGGCAUGUGGCCUGCAGUGGAAGCCUGCUCCGCUCUCAUGAAAGAGCAGGAACAGCAACUCCAUCCUGGCAAGACCUUCACCUCAGCCUGUGCUGGUGCAUGUCAAGAGCAUCAACGGCAGCAGAGGCAAAGAGUUUUUGGAUUAGAGGACAGUAUGAACCACAGCUUCAGUCUAAUGCUGGAUGCAUCAGAUGAGUCUUUAGAAGGAAGUCCAAGACGCAAUUUGCGCAGGACACCAAAACCUCAAGUCCAUAAUGGUCUCCCUCUGAGUCCCUCGCACAGGAUGAAGCUCAUGGACUUUAAAUCUCCCUCUUCCAAGAAAGCUACUGCACCUCGGCACGCCAUAGCUGCCCCACAGUCACAGAAUUACUCCCCCAUAUCACCAUCAAAUACCCGUCUUCUCCGUUCCACUCCUGGGGCUGCCAAGGAGGUUCAGAGAUUGCUUCCCGUGCAAGAGACCCCUCGACGAAACAAAAAACCUCACUCUAUCACCCGGCUCUCGCAUGCCUCCAGAUUGCGGCCCAGUACUGUGUGCAGCCCCGUGAGGGUGAAGCAGGAAGUAGAGGAGGUUGGAGAGGAUGAGGAGGAUUAUGCGAGAGCACAGGAGAAGUACAAGCUGAUGAAUGUUCUUGGGUUACAGAGGACCGCCCUCCUUCCCAGACCAGAAGAUUUGAUCGGCUGGAGGCAAAAGAAACGACUGAGGAAGCUAAAGGCUAACAACUAUUCACUGACUAAGCGGCGGAAACCACGCUCCACCUCUCCAGGACUGCCAUUUGGGGAUGUAACGCUCGCACUUCCCCUCUGUAACCCUGUUAAUGCGCGCCUACUCAGCAAGUCAGGAAAGAACAAGCCUUCUGGUCGAGUCAUCACAGAGCAGAAAACAACAAACAGACCAAAGAUCGUCCCGCGACACGUCCCUCCAAGUGACAGGAGCAUGCGAAGUAAAUGUGUGUUACCAGACAUGUUUUCACCUUCCUUCGGGGGCAGGGAACUUAGGCGGUCCGUGAGGAAGGGUGACAGUGCCCACCCACCUGCCCGGCAGCCUCUGCGGCGCAACACCAACAAAACUCUAGUGAGGAACACAGUCCAGAUCAAACCAGAACCAGCUGAAUACUCUAUCUCAGGUCUCCAUCUUCUGUCAAGCACUCACCAUGGCCACACGUCUCACAAAUCCCCACCCUCACAGAGGGAGAGGACACAGGCUAGAAAAAAGGUCACUGUAGAAACGGUCAAAACGCUGCGUUACAACAGCAGCCGACCAGCAACAAAAGCCAAGCUUAAGCGGGGCUCCACAAGGGAGGUGGAGAAGACAAAAUGUAAGCCCAGAGAGGAGGGGAGGAAGAUGGGAAGCCAGGGGCUGAAGGGGCUCAUGGACACUAGACCGAGAAUGGAGGUUAAUGAACCUGGUGGGCUCCAGUUUUCAGAGCAGGCACCUCCUCCGUCCAUCUACAACCACCCACUGUACAAAGUCAUCAAAAAGGAGCCGGCAGAACCCGUGCCAGUUGGUGGACCUUUCUCUGAUCCUCCCUCACCAGACCUGGGCAAGCGCCAGAGCAAGCCCCCAAUCAAAUUACUGGACUCAGGCUUUCUGUUCAGCUUCUGUCGGCCAGCAGGGGGGGCGAUGGCAGUACUGAAGAAAGAGGAGGAGAGCGUUGAUAUCUGCUUAACACGUUCUGUAUCGCAAGUUGGUGAGAAAUUUGGAGCAGAGGAGUCCCCCCACAGGGCACUGAGAGCCAGAGGGCCACCCAGCCUGCCUGUGGUGAAGAGGGAGAGGGAGGAGAGGAGCGUUAGCCAAAGCAAGGUUCAGAGACCCAGGCCAAACUCCCAAAACAACAGGCUUCACCCGGCCAAAUCUACGAGGUCAAAGGCCCCACAGACCAUGCCAAAGCAGCAAGGUAAACUCCCUCUGAACAGCAGGAGCUGUGUCAUGCUGGAUUCUGUACGCCGGGCAAGGCUAAAGCAGCUUCGAGGGCCUCGCAGUCAAGCCCCCAAAGUCCCAAAGGCGGCCCAUGCCUGUCUUCAGUGCCCAGCCUCCUACAAGGACUGCGAUGCUCUAAUCAUGCAUCGCCUCAGGCACAUUGAGGGCAAGCACUGGCCAUGCCUGCUCUGCAGUAAGACGUUCUUUCGACUGAGGAAUGUACGGAAUCACAUUCGCACCCAUGACCCCAAGUUGUACAAAUGCCGGAGCUGCAUUGUUGCCGGUUCCUGAGGCAGCUGGAGGGUCGGCUCUAGCAGCGAGACUGAGGAUGAAGGCUGUCAGUGUCUGACACCAGCGAACAGUCUGAAGCCAGAGGCACAUGAUCGAUCAGCAGCUUGUACAUAAUGCAUCCGUCACACACAAGCACAGCGGUCUGUGGAAAGGCAUAAUGAUUCUAAUCAUUGCUGUUGUCAGUGAUUGCUAAUGUUAUUUAAAUAACCAAACCAAGAUUGCUGGUCCUGUUUGCUUUUCCGUAGCUACAGAAGGUUAAACUUGAACAUUACACUCAGGGGGCGGGGAAUGUGAUGCCACGGUAUUAAGUGAUUUAACGUCACGGUUGUGUAUAAAAUGAAAUGUAAAGUGAUUGUUAUAACUAUUACUGCUACUUAUUGUUAUCAUUAUUUUUCUAUGUAUAGAUGAAUUUUGAGUGCACUUAAAUCAUGGCUUAUGUUGUAAACCUAAGAAGCGGUCAUGAAAUUGAAGGUUUCCGUGGAGGGAAUACUUGAAGUGAUGCGAGCGCUGGAGGGAAUACUUGAAGUUGGAGGGAGUCUUAGCAGUGAGACUGUCUUUUGGGUGUUUCAGUGGGUGUUUGUCCUUUGGUGUUCUAACUUUUAAACAACUUGACUAGUCUGUCCCUCCUUUCCUUAUUGAUCCGCUAGUCUCUUGUAGCCCGUGAGUCUGGGAUUUGGCUCAGGGCUGGUAUGGUGACACCACUGCAUGUGUAUUUGCAGGCCAUUUGUAGUCCACUGUCUUUUCUAAGGCUGCCAAUUUUAAAAAGGGAAACAUUUUUCGUUUUUAAUGUGAAUUUCUGAAUAUUAAUCAACGCAGCUGUGUCAUUACAGGUGUUUUAUUGAUCUCCCAUUACACUUUAAUCCAAGACUCUCGUAGUCUUGUUCUACUUCAAUUUCCCCUCCUCCUUUACUGAGUAAAUGCGAUGUGUUCACAUGAAGAGAUGUUUAUGUUUCACGAAUUGAUUUUAGAAAUAAAUGAGCUGUCUCUCGCUAUCUGUCCAGACUUAAUAAAUUUUUGCUUUUUUCAUCAUG